GCCUUCUACUUAAUAUACGCUCAUAUGGAACUCGUCCACCUCGCUUCUUGAUCCUUUUUUUUUUCUCGCCCACUAUGGACAAGCAAAUAACGCUUUAUGCUGCAAAGAUCUGUCCUUAUACCCAGCGAGUUGAGAUCGCAUUAUCAGAAGCAAGAGCAGAAUACACUCGAUUCGAAAUCGACUUGCAGAACAAACCUGCAUGGUUUCAACCCCAGGUUAACCCGGAAAGCAAGGUCCCGACAAUAGCAUACGGUGGACCCCCAGUACCUCCAUCCCAACCCUCCCCGGAAUCAGUCAAGAUAACAGAAUCCCUCGUCCUACUCGAAUUCGUCGCAGACCUCUUCCCACAAUCCCGCAUCCUCUCUUCCGACCCAGUCGAACGCGCAAAAACUCGAUUUUUCAUCGACUUUUUCUCCACCAGAGUCGCCCCUCCACAUGUAGCCGCCCUCUUACGUGGUGAAUCCUUCGAACCGCUUAUCAGAGGUCUUUUGGGUUUUCAAGAACUGCUUUCGAAAGAAGGCAUGUACGCAAUGGGAGAUCAGUUUUCUAUUGCCGAUAUUGCUGUUGCGCCGUUUAUCUUGAGGUUGGAGACGGCGGUGACGAAUGAGUUGGGGGUGUAUGAGCCAGGUGAGGGCACCAAGUUUUGGUCUUGUUAUCAGAGCCAUCCCAAAUUUGAGAGGCUCAGGAGGUAUGCUGCGGCUUUGAAGGAGAGGGAAUCGGUGAAGAGUACUUAUGAUUCGGAAUACAUCAAGAACGCUUACUCGAAGCGAUUUGAAAUGUUUAAAGCGCAGAGAAAGGUCGCUGCGGCGGCUACGGCUGCAUGAUUUGAUCGUUGAUCCUUUGUGUAAACCUAGUUUCAUCUCCUACUCAUGUGCUUAGUAUCGGAUUUCAUUUCGACCGGAAAUUUGUUUUCUAUUUUGCUAUUUUUAUUUAAUGAGCAAUAUCUUCAAUUUUCAAUCCAUUGGCUACAAA